AUGUGUAGGGCAAACCCUGCCUCUUCACAGGGAACUCACAACCAGGGGCUUGUGAAAAUCCUUGUUUCUAAUGGCACAGAUGUGAAUCUGAAGAACAGAAGUAGCAAGGACAAUCUGAUGCUCCCAUGCUACGCAGGACACCUAGAGGUUGUGAAAUAUCUCCUAAGACACGGCGCGUCCUGGGAGACCAGAGAUCUUGGGGGCUGCAUGGGUCUGCAAUGGGCUGCGGAUGGAGGCCACUGCAAUGUCAUCGACUGGAUGAUAAAAGAUGGCUGUGAGGUAGAUGCUGUGGACACGGGCUCAGGAUGGACCCCCCUCAUGAGAGUUUCUGCAGUCUCAGGAAACCAGAGCGUCGCGUCUGUGCUGAUUGAAGGUGGAGCGGACGUGAACAUGAGAGAUAAAGAUGGAAAGACCCCGCUCGUGGUGGCCAUGUUAAAUAAUCAUGAGGAGUUAGUUCAGUUACUUCUCAACAAAGGGGCAGAUGCAAGUGUGAAAAAUGAGUUCAGCAAAGGUGUCCUAGAAAUGGCCAGAGUUUUUGACAGACAGACCGUGGUCUCCUUAUUAGAAGAAAGGAAAAGAACCCAAAUGGCCAAGAAGUAGUCCGUCUGCUGACCGGGCCGCUACUUAUUUUGAAAGCCCAAGUGAAACACAGUCAAAAUGCAGCCAUUGAGCUGGAGACUAAAUUCCGCAUCUUUUGGGGCCAUACAUUUGUUUAUUUAUUUAGUUGAAGAUUCGGUGACUU